AUGCAUCUCAGCAGGUUCGGACUGCUUGCCCUUGGGGCAACUGCGGUCGAUGCCUUUAGAGAUACUUCGCCUUUCUUCCUAGCAUCAACCUCCGAGGUCCUGACGAACUCCGCAUACAUCAAGUCUGGCGCCGCAGUUCUCGAUGACGUCUCUUCUGCUCUAAAAACUUGCCCUUCUGACUAUUAUGUUAUUGUCUCCCAACCCGGUGUUCAUAGCUCCGACUACUCGACGCGCAAGUCCGCACCCCGCCUUGGCGCUAAGGUCCUAGGCAAGGAUAAGUCUAUUCGGUCAAAGAUGAGUGUGAACGAAGUUAGCGGGUCGCUCGAAGCAAAGCAAUUCAAGAGUUUUCUGGAGGAGAACUGCAAAGCCCAGACAACUGUCAUUGACGGUUCAUCCGGUUCAUAUCCCAGCGAGUUUGAAGCCGGUCCCCGUGUGAUUGAUAUCGAGUUCCCCAUGCUGUCCUUGGAUUCCAAUCGCGCCCAGCAACUUUCCGACAAUGAUGGUCUUCUAUCGGAUAUCAUUGAUCGCAUCCCCUCCUCGGCAAAGUAUACCCUCCUCUAUGUCACCUCUCCGCGCGAGUUCCCCGACACCGACUCCAUUAUCUACGAAUCAGAGAACGAAUUGAACCAAGAUGGCCUCCGCAUGGAACUUAAGCGAGACUUCUCUGACUACUCUGCCUCCAUUGCCUCUGAAUCGGACCGUCACCAAUCUCUAUUUGACGAAUACCAAUACUUUACUCCAGGAAUUUUCAUGGGCUUUAUGGCCUCGUUCCUAUGUCUCAUCAUUUUAUACGUCGGAGUCUCCGCUCUGAGCAGUUUGCAGGUUCCAUACGCUGCUUUCGAGAAGGAUACCUCUGCUGCUGGCCAGAAGAAAGAGCAGUAA